AUGGCUGAAGGAAAAGAUAUGAUAGCAAGCAUAAAAAUCAAUGCCCUUUCAUUUCCCAACACGUCAUUAGCCUUUGUGCCGGGGGUGGGAGUCAAGGCCCUGACCAACCACGGCACGGCCAACAUCAGCACACACUGGGAAGUCAAGUCGCCACUUUUCCAAGACUCAGGAGGAGCUGAUCUGUUUCUCUCUGGGGUCUACUUCGCGGGUAUCCUUACCCUGACCCGAAAUGACUUGGGUCAGCCAAACCUGGAACUCCAAGACUGCCACGCCCAAGUGAGCCACGCCCACGUCUCGUUUUCUGGAGAACUCAGUGUCCUGUAUAACUCCUUUGCUGAGCCCAUGGAGAAACCCAUUUUAAAGAACUUAAAUGAAAUGCUCUGUCCCAUUAUCACGGGAGAGGUGGAAGCACUGAAUGCCAAUCUCAGCAUGCUGGAGGUUUUAACCAAGAUUGACAACUAUACCCUGCUGGAUUAUUCGCUAAUGAGUUCUCCAGAAAUUACUGAGAACUACAUUGACCUGAAUUUGAAGGGCGCAUUCUACCCACUGGAAAACCUUGCCGAUCCUCCCUUCUCCCCAGUGCCUUUUGAGCUCCCAGAACGCAGCGACUCUAUGCUCUACAUUGGAAUCUCUGAAUAUUUCUUUAAAUCUGCUUCCUUCGCUCAUUUUGCAGCUGGGGCUUUCAAUGUCACUCUCUCCACAAAAGAGAUUUCCAGCCAUUUGGUUCGAAACUCUCAAGGCGUUGGCAACAUUCUCUCCCGGAUUGCAGAGAUCUACAUCUUGUCCCAGCCCUUCAUGGUCCGGAUCAUGGCCACGGAGCCUCCCGUGAUCAGUUUACUACCAGGGAACUUCACCCUGGACAUCCCUGCUUCCAUCAUGUUACUCACCCAGUCUGAGAACUCCACUGCCGAGACCAUCGUUUCCAUGGACUUUGUCGCUAGCACCAGUGUCGGCCUGGUUAUUCUAGGACAAAGACUGAUCUGCUCUCUGUCUCUGAACAGGUUCCGCCUCUCUUUGCCAGAGUCCAAUCGCGACAAUAUUGAGAUUAAAUUAAAUGGCAGUGCUGAGUACUAG